AUGCUCAGCUUGCAGAUCUCCCCCCUCGGAUGCUCCACCGAAGGCCCAUUGAUGGCCGCUGUGUCCGCACGCCGCCUGAGCUCUGCCAAGCCGCUGCUCUUCAAUGCUCAGACGCUCGAAAGAUCUGUUGGCAUCACAUCGUUCGCCUGCCGUGACGCAGGUAUGGACGCGUUGCUCAUGCUGCACGCAAAGGAAGCAGCAAUCCCAUGCAUUCGAAUGCAUGCACUCGGUCUCUGCUGGUGUUUUCUCUUUCUCUGUGUGUGUUUGUGUGUGUGUGCGCGCAGAUGGCUUCGAUGGCGUGCUGGACGCGGCAAGGCAGCCGAGGGACUACAUGGUAACUCACCAGUGCAAGAUCUAUGGCUGUUGCUCAGUGCGAUUCAUUGCAGCUGAAUGAGGUAGACCGUGAGGGCCGUUUGGUGCAGCUGUUGAGCCUGGAGGACUCCCUCUACCGCCUCCCACCACGCAACCCAAAACAGCCUAACCUCACAUUCACACUGUACGGCACACACACACAUAGAAAGCCAUCCACGAACAUACGCAGGGGAUGAGUCGACCAGAUCAUCCAUGUAUCUGCGCAGGUACCGUAGUGGUCUGGAGGUCUACACGACGCUCAAGGCCAUCAGCUACGUGUGCGACGUCCCCUACCCCCAUCUGCGUGUGGCUGGCCAGCUGGGCCCCCCCACCCAGGGCAUAUCUGUGCAGUCUGUGAUAGCAAAGAAGGUCUCCCGACAGGAGCUGCUGCCGUUAGUGGAGCAGCUGAGCGAGCGGACGGACCUCAGGUGCGGCAACUUCGACUACACCGUGACCGACGAGUUGGGCGACGGCCACAGUGGGGGUGAGAGGGGCGUCUACCGGCUGUCGGCUGCUUUGAGGCGUGUGUCACCGAGUGCUGAAAGUAAGGUGGCCGAGAUGGUCACUCAGAUCUCUCAAGUGGGCUUCCUCAACUACUAUGGUACGUCGGUGGACAGCCAGCCAUCCAUCCAUUGCACAGCCGACUUGCCAAUCGCUCACAAUCGCGUUCUCACCGAUGGAUAUGUGUGUGUGGAUAAUGCAGGUUCUCGAUAUUUUGGCCGGAGUGAUGUGAAACGGCAUGAGGUGGGCCUGGCGGUGCUGCAGGGCGACUGGCGAAAAGCCGUCGGCCUGCUCAUUGGAACCAACAGGUGGGUACGUGCGUGGGUUCCCGGGUGGACUCGACUCACACCAGUCAGGGAUCGGGGGGAGUGACGCACGAACGGGCAGCCGGCUCGCUCUCAGGCCUCCCUGCGUGCACCCACUGGGGAUGGGAGGGGAGGGUGAUUACGCGAGCCAAGAGAGAGGCUAGGGCCACCGGGCUCCCAGCGCCCCUUUUAGACACGUGUGCAUGACAACAGGGGUCUAGAAGGGCUCGGACACCUUUGUGGACUGUCUGUGCUCUUUAUGUAUGCAGGCGAGAGGAUUCCCCGACGUUUGAGGCGUGGCAGGCGUUCCAGAAGGGACAAAUGGUAUGGCUGGUCAGCUCCGAGGAGAAGGCUCCAUGUGUCCAUGUCCUAGAAGUGGUGAUCCAUCCACCUGUCACUGGUUGUGUGAGGAUGUCACAGAAAGACUGCCUCUCCCUGUUGCCCGACACGUGCCCCAACCUCCGGGAGAUGAUUCUCACACUCAUCAAGACAGGGUAAGCAGAUAACGCAAAAGCACAAGUCGCCUCCUCAUUUGUGUCCGUGUGUUGUGUCUGUCUGUGUGCUGUGUGUCAGCGAUGCGAGGGAGGCGUACAUGUCACUGCCUGCGGUCGUGCGCCGGCAGCACAUGUCGGCCAUCGGCAAGUUCGCAUUCAACCUGGCCGCGGAUUUCAGAGUUGGCCGGUACGCAUAACAACCCCGCGAGUGGCGUGAACCGUGCAUAAUCCUGUCCGUGUGGUUGUCAGUAUGGGCCACAAGGUCCUCCCUGGAGACUUUGUGCGGUCACCCGCAGCACCUGGAGGGGUCAGUGAAGCAACACAAGACAGAAGGGCACAGUGUGCAACGCAACCUACCUUUCUGUGAUGGCUGGCUGGCUGUAUGUGUGUGUCAUUCAUUUGUCAGGUGAGUAUGGUGCAGGUGGAGGACAUCAAGAAGAAGAUGUGGCGUCUGGAGGACGUGUUGCUGCCGGUGCUGGGCUCGGGGGUGGACCUCCCAGACAAUGCUGUGGCCCAAUUCUACAGAUCCAUCUUCGACAGAUUCGACCUCUCGCCACAAGCACUCACGGUCAAUAGGACGAGAAUGCAGCCACAGUACAGGCAUUCUUGUAUCGGGCUGUUUCCUUCUGGCAUACUGCAGGUUCCCUCUAAGCCAGAGCUGGCUGUCACGGGUUUCUACAGGUGAGUACAUCAAGUACGCUGACUGUCCACACACACACACACACACGCAUCGUGUGUGUGUGUCUCUAGGCCGGCUGUGAGCAUACCGCGCGAGAUCCAGUGGGACAUGGUGCACUACCAGCAGCCACACACACACACCCACGAGGCCCCCGACGGCGACAAUGCAGGCAGCCCCCCCGCCCCGGUGCCCCUCCUGCUGUGUGGCCUGCAGCGGCUCAAGGCACUCAGGAGGACGACCAUCACCGAGGAGGGUCAUGAUAAUGAGAUGGCAGACGCUGCCACAAGUGGUACGCAAGAGAGAGCGCAUGGCCACAUAGCAGGCAGGCAGGCAGGCGGACGGAUCGCAGUACGUGUGCUCUCUGCAUGUGUGUAGAUGCGGCUUCCGACGACUGUAUGUUGCCCCCUGACGUGCCCGACUUCGACAGUCCCGGCGGUGCCGACGGUGGUGUUGUGGGUGACGACUUCGCUCGCCCGUCGGACGGCUCUGCAACAGCCGACGCCUCGUCAGGCAGGGGCGGCAGGGGAGGGGGCGGGAGAAGAAGCAUCAGGCAAAAGGUAAGUACGACAAUAAGAUCUCUCGGGUGGUAUGCAGCCUUGUUCGUGCCUUACGUUUGUGUGUGCAGCGUCAGCAAGACACGGCGCUGCGUAUUCGCGCGACGCUCGACAGACACGCAGAUGGUCAGAGAGAGGGGCAAGACAUUUGUGGGAUGUGCGCGAGUGUGAGUGUGUUUACGUGUUUGCGUGUGUGUUGACAGGUAUGAUGUUCUUACGUGAGCUGCUGCAUCGUGAUGUCUCGGAGUUCGAUGUGUCGGCCGAUAAGAUAUCUGACAAGCUGCUGUGAUGUCGCUGGCUGCAUGAAUUGGCUGACACUAAAUCACAUUGGAUGAAUGUAC